UUGUGCCAGUCUUCAGCACAAAAAGAAAAAGGGUUCUUGCAUUAUAAGUCUUUGUGCUGUCGAGUAAAAAAAAAAAUGAGGGAAAUCGUGCAUCUUCAGGCCGGACAAUGCGGUAAUCAAAUUGGAGCAAAGUUCUGGGAGGUUAUCAGUGAUGAGCAUGGAAUUGAUCCCACUGGCACAUACCAUGGAGACAGCGAUCUUCAACUCGACAGGAUCAAUGUUUACUACAACGAAGCAUCGGGUGGCAAAUAUGUUCCCCGUGCUGUGUUGGUGGACUUGGAACCAGGUACCAUGGACUCUGUGAGGUCUGGGCCCUUUGGUCAAAUCUUUAGACCAGACAACUUUGUUUUUGGUCAGAGUGGUGCUGGAAACAACUGGGCCAAAGGCCAUUACACAGAAGGAGCAGAGUUGGUGGACUCUGUCCUAGAUGUUGUUCGCAAAGAGGCAGAAAGUUGUGACUGCCUGCAGGGCUUCCAGCUCACCCACUCUCUGGGUGGAGGCACUGGGUCUGGUAUGGGUACCCUCCUCAUUAGCAAGAUCCGUGAAGAGUACCCAGACCGUAUCAUGAACACCUUCAGCGUGGUGCCCUCUCCUAAGGUGUCCGACACCGUGGUAGAGCCUUACAAUGCCACAUUGUCUGUCCACCAACUGGUUGAGAAUACAGACGAGACCUUCUGUAUUGACAAUGAAGCUUUGUACGAUAUCUGCUUCCGCACCCUUAAACUUACCACACCAUCAUACGGUGACCUCAAUCAUCUCGUCUCUGCCACCAUGAGUGGUGUAACAACCUGCCUCCGGUUCCCUGGCCAGCUCAACGCUGACCUCCGUAAGCUGGCUGUGAACAUGGUGCCCUUCCCCCGUCUCCAUUUCUUCAUGCCUGGCUUCGCUCCUCUGACCAGCAGAGGGAGCCAGCAGUACCGCUCCCUAACCGUACCAGAGCUCACACAGCAGAUGUUUGAUGCCAAGAACAUGAUGGCUGCCUGUGACCCACGCCACGGGCGCUAUCUCACAGUUGCCGCCAUUUUCCGUGGCCGCAUGUCAAUGAAGGAGGUGGAUGAGCAGAUGCUGAACGUUCAGAACAAGAACAGCAGCUACUUCGUUGAAUGGAUCCCCAACAACGUCAAGACUGCAGUAUGCGACAUCCCACCCAGGGGACUCAAGAUGGCUGCUACCUUCAUCGGCAACAGCACGGCCAUCCAGGAGCUCUUUAAGCGCAUCUCUGAGCAGUUCACUGCCAUGUUCAGGCGCAAGGCUUUUCUCCAUUGGUACACAGGAGAAGGUAUGGAUGAGAUGGAGUUCACCGAGGCAGAGAGCAACAUGAAUGACCUGGUGUCGGAGUACCAGCAGUACCAGGAUGCAACUGCUGAGGAGGAGGGCGAGUUUGAGGAAGAGGGAGAGGAAGAGCUGGCUUAAAUCUCUUUAAGAUGCGUGUGUGUACGUUUUUCUGAGCUAUAUAAUUUUGCUGGCCUAAAAGAACCUUUCCAAAGCUCAAUGUUUUCUUUUAAGUGUUUUCACUUCUGCUGUGUUUGCCUCUUGUUUGUACAGAUGUCAUUAAAAGGCUUUUUCUUUUGUUUUAAA